AUGGAUGAGCUGAAUUCCUUAUCCUUUGAGAGAAUGCAGUGCCUCUUCGAGUUUACCAACCUUGCUAUUCAAUUGGAGAAUCAGUUAGCUUCGGUCAGAUGCGCAAUGUCGAAGGCGAGAACUCUACGAGGCGUCGUGUUAUCAACUUUGUUCAAUAUUGAUGCGCAAACACUGGUUCCUACCGCAAGGGUCAUUUGCGAAGGCGAUACGUUUAAGCUUGUGGAUGAAAUAUCACAUGACGGCGAUGCAGGUGUUGAAAAGGUACAUAUCAGAAUUGCUUGCUUUUCUUUAGCUCUUAAUUGUCCUUCCAAAUGCACUACCUUGAUUUUCUAAGA